AUCCCCUCUUUCCCUCCGCUGUUGUAGUAUCCUAGGUCUCCUAUUUUCUUCUAGGGCUAGAUUUAUUUUGUCAUGGCUGAUUCUGUUGUGAACGAUUCCCAUGACGACUUCUACAACGACAAUACAGAUGAUGACUUGCAUCCACACCGAGGCAACAACAGCCGUGAAGAUGAUCAUGAUCACGACGAUGGUGACGAUGGGAUUGCGCUCGAAGAAGAUGAGACUGAUGAUUUUCGGAUGAUCCGCAAGAAUUGUACUGUUCUAACCGAAGCAGAUAUACGUCAGCGUGUAACUGAUACUGUCGCUGAAGUCUCCUCUGUCCUCUCUUUAUCGAAAACCGAGGCAGGUAUCUUACUCCUUCACUUUCACUGGAGUGUUAGUAAUGUUUUUGAUGCGUGGUUUGCUGAUGAAAAACUAGCCCGUGAAAAGGCAGGCUUGUUUGUUAAAACAUUGGUCGAAUCACCUGAUCAUGGCGGCAAUAUGCUUUGUGAAAUCUGCUUUGAAUACUACCCUUGUGAUGGGUUGAAGUCCACAAGAUGUGGACAUCCUUAUUGUAAUGAUUGCUGGAGUUCCUACAUUAAAACGGCCAUUCUUGAUGGCCCUCAAAUUUUAUUGCUAAAGUGUCCCAACCCACCUUGUCGUGCUGCUGUGGGAGAAGACAUGGUGGGUCUAUUUGCAUCCGAGAAAGAGAAAAAGAAGUAUUCUGGUUACUUUGUCAUGUCAUAUGUUGAAUCAAACAAGAUGAUCAAGUGGUGUCCUGGUCCAGGCUGUGAAAACGCUGUAGACUUUGUCGCUGGUAGUGAAAGUUUCGAUGUUUCUUGCCUUUGCUCCCAUUCCUUUUGCUGGAAUUGUACUCAAGAAGCUCAUCGUCCGGUGGACUGUGAAACUGUGUCAAAAUGGAUGUUAAAGAACAGCUCGGAGUCUGAGAAUAUGAACUACAUACUAGCUUUUACCAAGCCUUGUCCCAAAUGCAAAAGGCCGAUCGAAAAAAACAUGGGGUGUUCGCAUAUGACUUGUAGGGCGCCUUGCUAUUUCGAGUUUUGCUGGCUUUGCCUUAAAGAAUGGAAAAGGCAUAACCUUUGUAAUCGUUUCAGGGAGAACCCUGAAGAGGAAAAAAGAGAGAAGGCCAAGAAAUACAUGAUGAAAUACGCCCAUCACUUUGAACGCUGGGCGACCAAUAAGAAGUCGAUGAUGAAGGCUGCUGAUGACUUGCAAAAUGUGCAAUCGAAACAGAUUGAGAUUGUCCGUCAUGUUCAAGAACAAUCUGCGGCUGAAAUCAGUUUUAUAACAAAGGCAUGGCAACAGAUAAUUGAAUGCAGGAGGGUACUUGCAUGGACCUAUGCAUAUGGAUUUUACUUACCGGAUGAAUGCCAGGCUAAAAGGAACUUGUUUGAGUACUUGCAAGGCCAGGCCGAGUCUGGCUUGGAGAGGCUUCAUGAUUGUGCUGAAAAGGAGCUGCUGCCAUUCCUCAAACUCAAGCGCUCAACAAUGGAAUUCAUCGAGUUCCGUGAAAAGCUUACUUUGCUCACUAGUGUGACUAGAAAUUACUUUGACAACUUGGUUACCGCUUUGCAGAAUGGACUGUCUGAUGUAAACUCAGGGGGUUCAUCAAGUGUUCCAAAGAAACGCAAGUUGAUUGGGACUGAGGCUAUUGCUGCGGCUGUCAUCGGAGCUCCAGACUUCAAAACGAACACUAACGAUAACUCUGCCACUGGCGCUGCCAUGGAACCAUGGGCUUGUACUUAUUGUUCCUUCGAAAAUGAAGGUUCUUCAACAUUCUGUACAAUGUGCGAACGAGGUUCUUGGACUUGUGAUGUCUGCACUUUCACCAAUUCCAGGACCUCGAUCACAUGCGCUAUGUGUUCAGAAGCACUGGAGCCGUAGAUUAGUCCAAAUGGGUGCAAGUUUAUUUUGUCUUUUCAUCAUUUGCUACUUUCAUGCAUUUUUAGGAUGUAAUUCACAUAGAUGAU